GUUGCCUCAGUGGCAGCGCGGACCAUACCAUUAUUCUAAAGGGUGAUAGCGUUGUACAAUAAACCAACAGAGAGGGACGCGGCCGGGGUCGCCAGUGUUAAAAAUAUCUGCAAAGACCAAAACAUAAACACAACUCACAAAAUAAUGAUCUACCACUCCUCCGAUCCUUAGUCCUCACACAGAUCUGGUAUCCCUCUGUCUAGUCUGCAGCAAGGCGCCCUCUGUUGUUUAUGACAAGAUAAUGUCAUUACCUACACACCCCUACUUGAAAUGGUGUAGUCCAAGCUUUGUGCGAAGUCAAGAUGGCGGACAACGGCCGUGCAAGUUAAGGCAAGGAGUGCGUGAGUACAUCCCGCCAAACGAGGCCAUGUCCACUGCGUCCCAAGACGACUGGUUACCAGAAACUCAAGAGCUCUUUCUGAAGCUGGAAGCAGAGAAAGGAUGGACGCAAAUGAAGCGUACUGACGCGGACCAUCAGACCUUGGACCACACCUUUACCAGGAUCCGAACGGCCAAGGGCCAGGCCUUUCACUUUGCGAUAUUCUUGUACGAGGGGGAACGCAAGCUGCGCGGUCUCUGUCAGUUCAGCGAUGAGACGAAUGGACUUCUCAGAGGGUGGGUACACGCCGGUGCCAUCGCUACAAUGCACGACAGCACAACAGCUGUACUAGCCACUAACAUGGGCACCAAGCUUGCAUUCACAGCGUACAUCCAUAUCAAUUUCAUGAGGCCGAUUCCAGUGAGAUCUCCCAUCUUGAUGGAGGCGAAGAUAGAAAAGAUGGAGGGGAAAAAGAUGUUCCUGACGUCGAGUCUCAAAAGUCUAGAUGAGACCACGGUUUAUUCAGAUUGCCGAGCCUUGUGGAUAGAUGCUGCAAGUUCAAAAUUAUGAAAGUGAAGUUUUCAUUAAAUCAGGGAUAAUUCUUUGUGACGCAAUUCUGUUUCAUUGACUUUUGCCUCCGACCAGUAAUUUUAAAAAACGCCUGUGCGUCGUUCCAAUGCUUGUGCGCGCUGCGCCGAAUAACAAAACGAACUACUAAAGUUAUUUCCAACGCACCGUUGGAAAUGCCUUCUUUCGUUGAUUUCUUCAAAAUGAGAGCUUGCCAGAAAGGAUAAUUUCACAGGGAGUUUAGUCCCCUUACUAUCUUUCAACCAGUAUGUUUUUCAACAAUAAUUACGCCAGUUACUUUUUUGGAUAGCUGCAAAUGAUGGACUCGGGCCUUAAAUAGUAUCAUCACUCAGUACGAUGAACAUCGAAUACGGGCACAUCUUUAAAAGUGUGCCUAGCCGAUGGUGAGUGGCCACUUCGUACGAAAAAAUCCUGUGGUAAUUUAGGGCUUAAAAAAUGGUGCUAUGGCCACAAAAAAAAAAAAA